UUUUCUAUGACAACCUCUGCAUUCUUACAAAGAAGCACCACAAUGGAGAAGAUGAAUCAGAAACAAACAUCGAGAAGGAGUCCGCAGAGAAGGACACUUGUCAAUCACAAAGAAAAAGGAAAGAACCAAUUUUGCAUGAAGUUGAUGGCUCCUCAAGUGGUGCAGCUGCAGCAAAGAAACUAGACCAUAACGCCAAGGAGCGUCUUAGGAGGAUGAGACUUCAUGCCUCUUACCUCACUCUCGGCACUCUUCUUCCUGAUCACUCUUCUUCUUCCAAGAAGAAAUGGUCUGCACCGUCUAUCAUCGAUAAUGCAAUAACUUACAUUCCCAAGCUGCAAAAUGAAGUUGGAGAGCUAACUCUAAGAAAGCAGAAACUUGUGGAGUUAGAGAGACGAGGUCCUUCCAUUCGAGCAAUCUUGGUUCUUGAGUUGGGAGAAUCAGGUUAUGAGGCUGUUGUACAGAUAUGCUUGAAGAAGGAAAACGAAGACGAGUUCUCGAACCUCCUUCAUGUAAUGGAGGUGCAAGGUUUGAGUAUUUUAAGUGCUUCUACUUCUCUAGUUUGCCGAGAGCAAAGGGUGGUUUGCUAUAAUUUUCAUGUCAAGGUGUGUCUCCUCUUUGUCUUCUUCAUUUCUCUUUGAUUUUAUGUUUGUAUAGAAUAUAGACAUUGUGCUAGUUAGCAAGAUUCAUAGCGUAUAUAGGUUUUAGAGAUAUAAGUAAGGAUGUAACUUUCCUUCUCCAAACAAUACAUGUUUAGAGUCCAUAUCUUG